UUGUAAAUCAACUGUGGUAAACAAAAAAAAUACGCGAAUGCGCCAAACAGAAGUUCGUCAUGCAUAUUUUUUGAAAUAGUAAUUAUUUGUGCAGGCAGUGGAUUGCAUAUAUCGUAAAAUGUGUGGAAGAACUUGUCUGACACUUGAGCCGAAAGAGAUUCGAUGCUGUUGCAAAUAUCGAAAACAAUCGCAUAGCAACCUCAAAAUACCGGAAUAUCGCAAUGAGUUCAACUGCGGUCGAAAGUACCAGCCAUCGCACAACAUCGCCCCGACAGACAUCACACCGGUUCUGGUAUCCGCGGCUCACUUCGACGAGGCCAAAGAGAGCUCGGAGCGCAUUAUUGUGCCGAUGAUGUGGAGCAUGGUACCCCGUUGGCACAAGGGUGACUAUCGCAAACAUGGUCUAACGACCAAUAAUUGUCGGUUGGAGAAUUUGGCAGUAUCCAAGUUGUACGGCCCACCGCUCGCAGCGGGUCACCGAUGUGUGAUUCUAUGUGAAGGUUUCUACGAAUGGCAAACGACCACCAAAGAACUCAAAGCAUCCGAACGACCCGCUUUCUACAUUCACAUGCCCCAGAAUGACGGUGUAAAAAUGGAAGACAGGUCCACGUGGGAUUUGGAAAAAGAGGCAAUCAAUCUCCUAAAAAUGGCUGGCCUUUUCGACGUUUGGGAGGACGAGAACGGCGACAAGCUUUAUAACUACACCUUGAUUACAUUCGAAUCGAAUAAGAAGUUCUCGGCUAUUCAUCACCGCAUCCCAGCAAUAUUGGAAACGGAUGAAGAAGUUGAAGCAUGGUUGGAUUUUCGAAAGGUGGGCGCUACUCGAGCGUUGAACAUGCUAAAACCAAGCGAAACGAUCAAAUGGUACGGUGUGUCAAACUUGGUCAACAACUCAAGAAACAAAUCGGAUCAAUGUAAUAAACCGAUUGGAAGUGAGCCUCAUCCUAUUUCGAAGGGAUCCACUGAUCUUAAAAACAAGAUUAUGCAAUCCUGGCUGAUUGUGAAGAAGAGAAACAAAGAUGAAGACGAACCAAGCGAGGAAAAGGAUAAAGACUUAAAGAAACUUAAAUUGGAGAAUAAUUAAUUUUAUAAGGACGUCUUUCGUUACCUGACAAAAGCCAUUAAUUUCAAUUUGUUACCAUAUUUUCGUUUGUACUCGAAUCAUUGACAUGUUUCCUGUUCAACUGAAGCUGUUUCCGAGAAAUAAAAUGCAUCUUUAAAUGCUGUA